UUACGUGGCUAAUUCGAGUCCAACUCGCCACUCGGUUCUGUUUACACUUUUCUCAGAGCAAGAAAAUAUCGGUGUUACCCCUCAGGCUUUUGCAAAUUAUUUAUGUGGAAUUUGAAAACGAAAAACAACAAUUGAAGCUGGGACUGCGUUCGAGCAACAAAGUGGCGGGAACAGAAGUGAAGAUCAGCCCAGAUAUGUCUACUGCAAUCACAACGAACGGUCACAACACCAGUACAGAAGAUUUUACGAAACAUGUUUUUGGUGGUCAGGCAUCCUCUGAACAAGUUGUUGAAGAAUCAAAAACAUGUGGAAAAAUCCUGACGAUCUUAUCAUGGGUCGUGGUUAUUCUCACCAUGCCAUUUUCGCUUAUGGUCUGCUUUAAGGUGGUCCAAGAGUACGAAAGGGCAGUGAUUUUUCGUCUUGGACGACUUCUAUCAGGAGGGGCCAAAGGGCCAGGUAUAUUCUUUAUUCUGCCAUGUAUUGACGCCUAUGCUCGAGUUGAUCUGCGUACACGAACUUAUGACAUUCCUCCACAAGAAGUAUUGACAAAGGACAGCGUGACCGUCUCUGUGGACGCGGUGGUGUACUAUCGUGUGUCGAAUGCCACGGUGUCGAUUGCCAACGUGGAGAACGCUCACCACUCGACCAGAUUACUAGCUCAAACCACCUUGCGGAAUAUAAUGGGUCAAAGGCCGUUACAUGAAAUCCUAAGCGAACGUGAGAGUAUUUCCCAGCACAUGAAGGCCCUGUUGGACGAGGCUACGGACUCUUGGGGAAUUAAUGUCGAACGCGUCGAAAUUAAGGACGUCCGUCUACCUAUUCAACUACAAAGAGCCAUGGCCGCCGAAGCUGAAGCUGCUCGUGAAGCACGCGCCAAAGUCAUCGCCGCUGAGGGAGAACAAAAGGCUUCGCGGGCUCUUCGUGAAGCUUCCGAAGUUAUAGGAGAUUCGCCAGCUGCGUUGCAACUACGUUAUUUGCAGACGCUGAACACUAUAUCAGCGGAGAAGAAUUCAACCAUAGUAUUUCCUCUACCGAUUGAUAUGCUAACAUAUUUUGUUAAGGCCAAGGAAGCUGCUGGACACAACUUAAUAUAAGAUUCACCAAAAUUGUUAUAUACAGAGCGUUUAGUUUUUGACUAGAUAUAGGCGACUGUAGGAAACGCGAAAAUCGGCAACGUUGCUUAGUCCACUAUCUUUGUUUAAUCGACGAACGACAAGAAUCACAUGCAUUAGCGUGGGAAGUGGAGACUGUCUGAUACUCGACGGUGUGCUGUGUUGCCAUUUAGAGGCCGUAUAUCUGAUUUAAAUCUAAACGGUCUGUAUCAUUGCCUGAAUAAUUUAUAUAAGUAAAGUAAGGUGGAGGGUAUAUAGUAUAGGAGCAAUAGCUAAGUCACCUUGGUCUUGUUUUAAUUCUGAUGGAUCCAUUAAGGAUUUUUUAUGUUUUUUCUGCUGAUAACGAAUGUCGAGGUUGCAUUUCGAUCCAAGUGGUCAAAAAAUUAUUGUUAUAAGCAAUUCGAUUGUUUAUAAGUUCUAGCUCGUAAACUAAAAGAGAUAAUAAAAUUCUUUUCAACUAAAAUGUUGUUCCUUGAACACCAACAAAGAAAAUGCCUGUUACUAAAGUUUAAUCCAAUAAUUAUGACUCGAGAUAUUGUAAAAUUAUUGCAAUAUUAUUGCAACAUAAGUAUUUUUAAAAGUUUUUUUCGAUGUUAGCUCGUCUUCUACGAAUGCAAAUGGUGUUUACAAAGGCCAGUCUUAAAGCUUAAUUUAUAGACUUCCAAACAAAAUUUGUUAAAUUACUUUAUCUUUAUUUCUAAGUUAUACCGGUUUGAAGUUGUAAUUUACUUCAAAAAAUUUAAAAUUAAUUUGUUUAUAAGAGUUUUAAGCAAACUUAAGUAACAAAUAUUUAUACUGAAUUAAUAGUAAUAAUAGAAAAAGUCAAAAGGAACAUUUUGAAUUAAGGGAAAGAUUCGUAGGUUUAUUUUUGGUCAAGAUAUCGAUAUUUUAAUAGCGCGCUGAGGCGCAAGACCGGUUUGCUACGAAAAGGUACGCGCGCGAACCGCUCGAUAUAAAGUAUAGUAAAUACAUACACAUUGUCUUCAUUUUUAAAAUGCUAACACUAUUUUCUUAUAUAAUUAUUAUAAUUAAAUCAUCACAAAUUAGAUCCCUCUCAUUCUAUUUACUUUUUCAUUAAAUUUUUGUAAUAAUUGAUGGAUACGACCGUUACUUGAUGGAAGUUCAUUUUAUAUAACAAUAAAACACUGAAAACGUUUGUUUUCUAUACUUCCACAAAAUUAAUUACAACUAUGUGACUACAGCUGUUUCGGCAGAGUGCCUUUCUCAAGUGAUUUAGAUUACUAUGGGUUUGUCUUUUUUAAGUCUUUAACUGAACUGGUUAAGAAGUGGGGAGCUGUUUGUCUCGAGUUGGUCAUUCAGAAUUAUAUCUGUAUUUUUCAAUUUAUUAAUUUCCAUAGAUUCUAAUAAAGAUAGCUUAAGGCCUUUAUUUUGAAUAUGCAGAAUGUGAAACUGUCCAUUAAAAGAAUGAAUAUGAUCUAAAAGGUGAAGUGCGUAUGCAGAAGUGUCUGUUUUUCUAUUGUUGAAAGCCCAUUUGUGGUCUGCUAUCCGUUUGUCAAAGGUUCUGCCAGUUUGACCGAUGUAAGUUUUCGGACAGUCACCACAAGUUAGUUUGAAAACACCACUCUGUAGUUGUUUUUUAUUUCGGCUCUUAUUGUUCUUAAAUUGUUCAUAUUACAUUAUACAUUUGCUCACAUUGUUAUUAGUUCUGAAAUCUGGUGUUAUUCCUUUCUUUUUUAUGUUUCUGGCUAUUUUUGUUGUUAUCUUGCCAAUAUAUGUGACAUAGCAGAAGGUUCCUUCUGUGGUGGUGGAUAGAGUAAUUUCAGGGCUUUCUUAUGGAGUUUUUGGUUUAAAAUGUUGUUAAGUGUUAUUUCGUUAUAGCCAUUGUUUUCUGCUAUUUGUUUAAUGACAAAAAAUAACUUCGAGAUAGAACUGAACAUCAUUAAACAAAUAGCAGUAAACAAUGGCUAAAACGAACAAACAAUUAACAAUAUUUUAAAUCAAAAACUCCAUAAGAAAGCCCUGAAAUUAUUCUAUCCACCACCACAGAAAGAAAGAAAGGAAUAACACCAGCUUUCAGAACUAAUAACGACUUAAGCAAAUAUAUUAAGAACAAUAAGAGCCGAAAGAGAAAACAACUACAGAGUGUUGUCUACAAAAUAAAUUGUGGUGACUGUCCGAAAACUUACAUCGGUCAAACUGGCAGAACCUUUGACAAACGGAUAGCAGAACACAAAAGGGCUUUUAACAAUAGAAAAACAGCCACUUCUACAUACGCACUUAUCCUUCUAGAUCACAAUCAUUCUUUUAAUGAACAGUUUCAAAUUCUGCAUAUUCAAAAUAAAGGCCUUAAGCUAUCUUUAUUAGAAUCUAUGGAAAUUAAUAAAUUGCAAAAUACAGAUAUAAUUCUGAAUGACCAACUCGAGACAAACAGCUCCCCACUCCUCAACCUCUUCAGUUAAAGACUUUAAAAAGACAAACCCAUAGCAAUCUAAAUCGCUUGAGAAAAGCACUCUGUCGAAACAGCUGUAGUCGCAUAGUUGUAAUAAAUUUUGUGGAAGUAUAGAAAACAAACGUUUUCAGUGUUUUAUUGUUAUAUAAAUUUUUUGUACUUAUUGAGAAAAAACAUGAAAAACUAAGAUUUCAGAAAUAUAACUCAAAAGCAAAUUGUUGAUAUUAUUAUUGCAAUUACUUAGAUAUUAAUUUCAGUUUCACAUGACAACAUCGGGAUACACUACAAAUCUCAGAUUUUUUAAAUAGGUUUUUAUAGGAAUCUUUAAAUUUACAUGGCGGUAUUGUGUAUCCGCAUGUAGGCAUUAAAAUUAAAACAGAUGUAGGCUAACUAGAUGGAGGAACUAAAAUUAGAAGGACAAAAAUAUUUCAUUUUCUAAACAAAUAAACUGUAAUAACACAUUACGAGACAAGGAUCAAGUGGUUCGUGUGCGCACCUUUUCGCUGCGAGCUGAUCUUGCGCCUCAGAGGGCGCUAUUAAAAUGUCGAUAUCUUGGCCAAAAAUAAACCUAUGAACAUUUUUUCAAUCUUACAAUUUCACUUUUCAAAUUUUUCUAUCAUGACUGCUAAGUCAAGUGUUUAUUGCCCGAAUUUGCUUAAGACCCAUAAAAACAAAAUGAUUUACAAUUUUUUUAUGGACAUUACGAUUUCAAGCGGGUAUAACUUAAACACAAAUAAAGAUAAAGUAGUUUAAUAAUUUUUUUUCAAGUGUAUAAAUUAAGCUUUAAAAUGAGACUUUGCAAAGCUCAUUGCAUACGUAGAAGCCGAGCUACGAUCGACAAAUCUUCGAAAAAUACAUAUUUUUUAACCAUUUUGCACUAAUUUUACAAUAUCUCGAAUUGUGGUUAUUGGAUUAGAGUUUAGUUAACGCCAUUUUUUUUACUUUUUUCUCAAUGAACAAAUUUUAUUUAAAAACAAUUUUUUAUUUCCUUGAGUUUACGAGCUAGAGCCUUAUAAACAAUAAUUAAAUUCAUUAUAACAGUAAUUGUUUGACUACUCGGAUCAAAAUCCACCCUCGAAAUUCGUACACAGAAGCCAAAAAUUUAUAAAAAAACUUAGGUGGACACAUCAUAAUUAAAACAGCCACUACCUAGCUUUAUCCCCUAGACUAAUAUGUUGAAAGUUUAUACGAAUUUAGUAUUAUUCGAAAAGUGUUACCACUAUUUAUAUCUCUCACAAGUAGUACCUACUCUGUUAUCACUCCUCCAUCUUAAAGUACUUAAUGUACUCAAAACAACCACAUAUGUAUGAUUAAGAAUUAUAUAUAUUGUACCUUUUGAGGUUAAGGCACAAAAAGAUUGAAGUUUAAAUAUUUAAAUGUACUUACUAAGUAUCUACACUCUAAGAGUAAUUUUUAAUGUUUUAGCACUUGUAAUACUCACCUAAAAUAUGCGUAGGUUUGUCAUAUGUAAAAUGUAUUUUCUGAAAUAAAUGUUUUCAUUUUAA